UAACUCUUACAAUACAGUAAAAAAACACAAUAAGAAAUAAAUAAUUGAAAUGAAGUUAUUAUUUUGUCUAUUGAUUGUUUUCUUAGCUUUUGAUCAGUUUAAUUGUUUUGAAUUUAGUGAAGUCGUUGAAUUGCCUCAGGGUAAAAUUCGUGGAGCGAUUAAAGAAUGGAGAAGUCGAUCUACCUACGAAUACAAGGGUAUUCCUUACGCUGCAGCUCCGAUUGAUUCACUUCGAUUUUCUAUGCCAGAACAUCCAAAACCAUGGGAAGGAACUAAAGAUACAAUCGAUUAUGGAAAAUCUUGUCCUCAGAAUCCAUGGGGUAUUACUGCCGAACAUAUUCAUGAAGAUUGUCUUUACAUGAACAUUUAUGUUAACAAGGAAACUUUUGACAAUCGAACUACUCAUCUAAAGCCAGUUCUGUUCUUCAUUCAUGGUGGUGGUUUUCGAUUUGGAAGUGGAGCUGAUUUCGACUCUUAUGUAGGAACUCCUUUAGUUAUUCUCGAAGAUGUUAUUCUGGUCACUUUUAACUAUCGAUUGGGAAUCUUUGGAUUCUUACAUGGCGGAGAUUUGAUUCCCUCUCACACUCCGAAUCUCGGUCUUUGGGAUCAACACUUUGCUCUUAAAUGGACACGAGAUAAUAUUCAUCGUUUCGGUGGUGACCCUUAUCAAAUCACAAUCUUUGGACAAUCGGCUGGAUCUUCUGCUGUAGCUUUUCAGAUGCUUUCUCCUCAUAACAAGGGUCUAUUUAAAGGAUCCAUCAUGGAAUCAGGUGGAAUAAUGAAACUGAACCCAGAACUUAAUAUCACAGAAAUUAUCUCUGAUACUGUUGAUUUUUUCGGCUGUAUGAAUACUACUGAUAAAAUUUCUUGUCUUCGAUCAGUUCCAUGGUUCGAUCUAUUCAAUAAUACAGAAGCUUUAAAAUAUAAGCCUGUCUAUGGUGAUAAAUUCAUUCCCUUAGAUGAAACUGAAGCGAUAAAAAGCGGACAAUUUAACGAUGUUAAUUUAUUAGUUGGAGCCGAACGAGAUGAACGCGAUGAUCUUAUUUGUGGUACUUAUAAAUUUGCUGCUCUCAAAGCUUCCAAUUCAAAUACAUCUACUUUCGGUUAUGUCCACACUCAGGUCUCUUUAACGCCAUUCGCUAUUCCCUCGCCAGAUUGUAGUAGGCAAGUUGAUAGAGUUUGUCAUGGUAAUGAAUUGAUUUUCGUCUUUGGUUCACCUCUACGUGAACCCGAAAAGUUUGAUGCCGAUGAUAUCGAAUUGAGUCUUAAGUUUAUGAAAAUUUGGGCUGAUUUCGCACGAAAUGGUGUACCAAGUAAACAAGGACCAAUCGAUUGGCCUCAAAUCGGUGGACCUAAAAUGGUUAAUCUGAUUGAGUUAAACAACAAGUUCGUUGGUAAAAUUGAUCAUGAAACUGGUACAAAAUGUUUAUCAUCAUAAUUAACUUAUGCCAAGUAAUCAACACGAUUAAAGUUAACUUGUAUCCUUCUUUAAUUAACUCAAAAAACUGUUCAAUAUGUUCCAAUUAUUACAAUCAACUCUAUCUAAAAA